GUGACCACGGCCAAAAAGAUCAAGUACAGGGUCGAGCCAGAGGGCCCAGUCAACCAGAAAGCCUUCGAGGUCUGGUUCGACCUCGUCAAGGCUGCGCGCGAAGUGUUUCCCAAUGGCAGCAUAUCCAAACUGACGGGCAAGGAGGCAUGGCAGCGUCUUGCAGACGAUAAUGAGGAGUCCUGGAAGCUGGCGUCGGAGAAGUCCAGCUGGGUGGGGUCGCAGAAUAAGAAGUUCAGGAUCAUGAUGCGUGAUCUUCAGAGGGCGAUCGUCAAGAUCAACAGCAGGAGCCACAAACAGCACCCGGCGUGGGUGCAGCGCUUCGUCGACGACAUCAAGGGCGACGAGGACGAGGCCGUGGAUAGCCAGGCCGAGCCCGAGGAGCCCGCCGAGGAGCCCGCCGAGGACGACGAUGACAUCUCGGAGGAUGGCGACAUCAUGGACGACGACUCCGAGGACGGCGCCGUGAUGAAGAGGCCCUCGGCGAAGCUCACGUACGAGUACCAGUACGACCGCGAGCUGAAG